CUCUCUCUCUCUUUCCCUCUCCAAAUUUUUGCGUUUUAAUCUCUCUCUCUCUCUCUCUCUCUCUCUCUCUCUCUUUCUAGAGCUCGAAGUUAUGGCGGAUUGGGGACCAGUGUUGAUCGCCGUGAUACUCUUCGUAGUUCUAUCGCCGGGAUUACUUUUCCAGAUUCCGGCGGGAGGUCGAGUUGUCGAAUUCGGGAAUAUGCAGACCAGUGGCGCCUCCAUUCUUGUUCACGCCAUCAUCUUCUUUGGUCUCAUCACUAUCUUCACCAUCGCCAUUAACGUCCACAUCUAUUCCGGUUAAACCGUGUACCCAGACCUAAACCGGUUCUGUUUGGCUUUUUUUUAUUUGAUUGUAUGAUCUGGAUUUGUUUGUAACAUUCUUGGAUUUGUGAAUAUAAUCAAAAAUUUCUUAUGGUAUACAAAUCCACCAUUAUUUUUAUGGUAUCAAUUUGUGUGGAGUUUGUUUGUGA